AUGGAUACUGGUGUACACCGUCAACCUAGGUUCGGUUAUGUGCCACUCCUAGGUUUGCUCCUAGCCAAUCUCCUCUCCAACACUGCCGUAGCAAAAUAUGCACCCUUAGGGGCCCUACGCCUAACAUACGAACCAGUACCAUACGUACAACCAGCCCACCAGUCUCACCACGUUACCGACUACUGGCAUGCCGUUAACAAUCCUGAUGGUCCACCAAGUCCUAGUGUAGGUAGUACAGAAACGACCGAACCUCAAGUCAUCCACCACCAUCACCACCUACCGCCAACUGGUACUCAACAACAGAUCGUCAACAUCAAUGAAAGGCCUACUGAGAUACUCAUUGGGGAGACCGAAACCGAAGGUGCUGAACAGGCUGAGACAACUCCUGUUAUUUUUGAAGAACCAGCACCAGUACUACUCGAUAGCAACCUAGAAAAACCUGGAAUGGAACUCAUUGCUGAUGAGUCUCGGAUGAUACCAACCGAGCUAUUGGCAUUGAUUUCUAACAACUCAGCUCUUGCUACUAAGAAUAUAGUCAAACGUGGUACAUCGAACAGAUACGUGAAGACAAGAAGGAACAACAAGUACGCCAAUCAGAAGCGUAGGAGGAUCCCAACCACAACACCUGAAGAUUACUAUGACAGCUACGAAGAUGCCUCUGCUACUACCACAACAACUAGGAGAUAUAAACCCAAGAGGAGGACUUCAAAGCCCAAGCGACCAAUCCUCGACUCCUACGAAGACAGCGAGAGCGACAGUUACAGUGACUUGAGCAGCGAUGAGGACUACGAGGAAUCGUACGAACUCACCACCAGGCCUCAGAAGAAGAGGAGGCGUACCACAACAACCACUACCACUACUACAGAGAGAUACAACAGAUACAGAAACAAGAACAAGAACAAGAAACACCAGAAGCGCCAGAAGGUCAGCAGCCUUGAUGAAUACGAUGAUGUCGAGUACGAUACUGAGAGGUACGACCCAACCACCACUGAGAUCAUUAGAGAAACAGAGAGGCCAGUCCUGAGACAGAGACAACCAAUUACGACCACGGAAGCACCCGACCAAGAAACGACCACUGGUGGAUCUCCUGGUUCAUACAACCCUCCAUCUUCUUCUUAUGGCGCUCCGUCAUACCAUCCACCUAGUUCGUCUUUCGUUCCGAGCCCAUCGUUCAACCCACCAAGCAGCUCUUAUGGUACACCGAGCAGCUCUUAUGGUACCCCAGGUAGUUCACAGGGACCUCCUAGCACUGCUUACGGAACUUCGAGCAGUUCUUAUGGAGCACCUAGUCAUAGUUCUUACUAUCAGGUGCCGUUUUCUGAUUGGUACAGCAACGAGGUCACCAGGAACAAUAUCGUACACAAAGUUCAUGAUUUGAUAGGUUUUGAUAAAGUCUUCAAUUGA